UCCUCUGGACUCCCUACAAUGUUUGAAACGGAGGGAAGGAGCAUGUCACGGCUGUCUCUGACCCGGUCCCCGGUCUCUCCUCUGGCCGCUCAGGGGAUCCCUCUGCCGGCUCAGCUGACCAAGUCGAACGCCCCAGUGCACAUCGAUGUCGGGGGACACAUGUACACCAGCAGCCUGGCGACUCUCACCAAGUACCCAGACUCAAGAAUCAGUCGUCUGUUCAAUGGCACCGAGCCCAUCGUGUUGGACAGCUUGAAGCAGCACUACUUCAUAGAUCGGGACGGCGAGAUAUUCCGCUACAUUCUCAGUUUCCUCAGGACCAGCAAAUUGCUCCUUCCAGAUGACUUCAAGGACUUCCACCUGCUGUAUGAGGAGGCGCGCUAUUACCAGCUGACACCCAUGAUCAAGGAGCUGGAGCGCUGGAAGCAGGAGCGUGAGCAGCGACGGAUGGCGCAGCCCUGCGACUGCCUGGUGGUUCGUGUCACACCUGACCUGGGCGAGAGGAUCGCCCUGAGCGGGGAGAAGGUCCUCAUCGAGGAGAUCUUCCCUGAGACUGGAGACGUCAUGUGUAACUCAGUCAACGCUGGCUGGAACCAGGACCCAACACACGUCAUCCGCUUCCCCCUCAAUGGCUACUGCAGGCUCAACUCCGUCCAGGUUCUGGAGCGUCUUUUUCAGAAAGGUUUUAGCGUGGCAGCUUCUUGCGGAGGCGGCGUGGACUCCUCCCAGUUCAGCGAGUAUGUGUUGUGUCGCGAGGACCGGAGGAGUCUCUCCAUCAACACACCCAUCAGGAUAAAACAGGAACCCCUGGACUAG